AUGAUGCUCUUCCAAUGGCUUGCAAGGUGGAUGGUAGUGGCGUCUCUACUACUAGUAGUAGUAGGCGAGGCGGAUUAUGGUGAGGAGGUAAAUGCGCCUUCUCAAUGGAAAUUUAAGACGGUCCCAGAUGGGACCAUGUCGCCAACGAGGGAUUUUGGGUACAUCGGUCUUUCUACGGCUUCGAUUGGUCCUGGCUUCGAGAGGGACUUCAAUCAAACACAUCGGGAUGGUGAGCAACCGACGGAAGGCUGGCCGGAAUUCAAUCCUCGUCAGACUUUCGCAGGUCUUGCUGGAUUCUUCGAUCGUCAGGCCAAUACGACGAAGACAAACUAUCCGGAGCUUCUCGAUCGAGGUGAUGAGAGUGUCAUCUCUGGUAUACCGCACUUCACUGGCAUAUAUGUUUCCGUUGGUGAGCAUGUUCUCAAUGCUUCUGUAGAUCCAUCUACUAUCAGCGAUUAUAAUUGCACGAUGAACUUUCAAGAUGGAAUUCUGCAAUGGAACUACACAUGGACACCGAGCUUGAAUGCUAGCUCAAGCUUCCAGAUUGAGUAUACGGUGUUCACCAGUAGAGCAAGGGUCAAUGUUGCUGCUACUCAGCUCAUUAUCACACCGUUGAGUGAGACAACGGAAAACAUCACUGUCACGGAUAUUCUGGAUGGUAGAAGUGCGGUAAGGUCGUUUUUGGGACAGAAGGGUGUAUAUAACGAUACUGCGUCGAUAUAUGUUUCGAAUCACCCAAAUGGUCUUCAAGAUAUUUCGGCAUGGACAGUCUCCACGGCAAACUUUUCAAGCGGUCCCAACUAUAUGUCAUCAAGAGCUAUCACACUCCCGCUGAAAUAUGGACAGCCGAGAACCUUCCGCAAAAAUGCGACCAGAGAUGGAUGGGACCUGAUUGUCGCCGAGCAUAUUGCAGUUUGGAAUCAGGAUAUGCAGAGGGAAAAGAUCACCAGUUACAGAAAUCCUGUCACUGGCCGUCUACCAGUAAACGAUACCCUGACUGAGGUUCAGCAGAUCUCCGCGGUUAUUGAUACCUACAUGCUCCUCCAGACACUCCUCAAAAACGAUACCAACCUCAACAACAAUGGUGUUAGUGUCGGAGGGCUCACUGCGGAUCCGUAUGCUGGUAUGUAUUUCUGGGAUAUGGAGAUCUGGAUGUUCCCGGGUAUAGUCAUGAGUCAUCCCGAGUAUGCUCUUCAGAUGGUUAAUUACCGUCUCAAGAUGCAUGAGCAAGCCAAAGCCAACGCGCAAGAAGCUUAUGUACAGGAAAAGUACAAGCUCGAUAACGAUUCGGUGUUGUACUCUUGGACUUCGGGUAGAUACGGAAAUGCAACUGGAACGGGCCCCACUUUGGAUUAUGAGUAUCAUAUCAAUACCGAUGUGGCCAAGGCGAUGUUGGACUAUAGACAGGUUACUAGUGACGAGCAACUCUUCAGGCAAAAGAUGUGGCCAGCGGUCGAGAGUGUGGGACAUACGAUUGAGGGGUUACUUCAGAAGGAUGAUCAGGGAAAAUGGAAUAUCUGGAACAUGACUGAUCCUGAUGAGUGGGCCAACCAUGUCAAAAACGGUGCCUUCACUCAAGCUUCCUUCUUUCAAAUCUUGAGCUCCAUCAUCUCCAUCAAAAAACAAUACAACGAGAUGCUCCCAUCCACUUGGCUCGACAUUGUCGAAAACAUCGCCAUCCCCGUUUCUUCCUCCGGUAUCACUCUCGAAUACGAUAACAUGCCCUCUAACAUUACCAUCAAACAAGCCGACGUCACCCUUCUCCUUUACCCUCUCUCCCUCCCCGAGUCAUCCAAGGCCAUGAGCUAUACCCUCGAGAGAAAACAAGCCGACCUCAGAUAUCACACGCAAAGACAAUCGCUUGAUGGUCCCGCCAUGACAUUCGCCAUUAACAACAUAGCCACGCUAAGAUAUGGACCUUCUGGUUGCUCCGCCUCGACCUACAACAAGAUGGCCGUAAUUGCCAAUCGCCGCGCACCAUGGUUUCUCAUGAGCGAACAAACCAAUGAUGAUCCCAAUGCUAAUGGAGGUUAUCCUCCCGCAUUUCCAUUCUUGACCGGUCACGGUGGCACAUUACAAAUUCCUCUUUACGGAAACCUAGGUCUAGAUACCUCGCAAGACUUCCUCACCAUCCAACCCACUCUCUCUCCACCCACCCAAUACCUCGCACCCCCAACCUUCCAAUUCAAAGGACAUAAAUUUAAGGCCAGUAUGAAUACUACCCAUACCAACAUUACAUUCAUCGAAGUAUCGCCUUAUUCACCCCAAAACACGACCUCAGUUCCUCUGAUCCAAAACCUCCCUGCAUCCCGUCAUCCACAAGAGAUUCACACACUUUUCUUCAACCAGACCCUCACAUUAGAAAACGACAUGUAUUGGCAAGAUCUCACUACGCCCAAUAAUCUCAUCCAAUGUCUUCCCAUCAUCAAAUCCGAUGCCAUUGAAUUAAAUCGCUGGCCGCAGAGCAUCAAUGAUGGGGACGUAGGAACGAGUUGGCAGCCCGAGAGUACUGUUGAGUCUUCUGUUUCUAUAGAUACUAGCUCUGUCAAGGGUGAACGGGUAAAAGCUAUCAAUGUGGUAUGGGGACAACGAGUUCCUACUAGUGCAUUGGUUAUGAUUUUAAACUCCAACUCUUCCUCUAAUUUUUCAGAGGGACAUAUGUUCACGCUUCCUCUUCCUGAUUUCGAUAUCGAGGUUCUUCCAAAUGUGGCGACGAUUAAUGAUAUUGAUUCGUUGGCGGAUUUGGUUUCUUCGGAAGAUUCUCCAGAAGGAGAUGGCGAGAAGGAUGCUGGUGAUGAGGUGAAGAUUGAGGAUGGUUACAAGACUACUUAUACAUUACCUGAUGAUAAAGUGGUGUAUAUGGGAGAUACGGUUGUGCUUCAGAUUUCUGGGUGUAUUGGUACUAGCUGUGGAGUCUUUGGAGAUGUGGCGGGCGCUACAGUGGAAGCAUGGGAGAUUAUUGGUGAGGCUUGA